AUGUCGGAAGAAUUCGGGAAAAGGGCUCGAAAGGAAAUGUUGCUUCUCGCUCCUAGUGCAUAUGCUUCAGAUGUUGGAAAGGAGAGUGCAACCCUUGUUGACUUUAUGAUUGACGUUUUGCAGUUGCAGAAAAGAUCAAUUUGGGAAGAUUUGAAUACAGAGAAUAAGGCAAAGCGGAUCUUUUGGCAGGCAAUAAUCAGCUGUUUGGAACACAGUACUACCUACACUGCCUUGACAAAGGCCAUGCCAGGAUGCAAAUACAGUCUUUACCAGAUUGCAAUUGAUGAAAAGAGACGCAACAAAAACAAAUGGAACGAUCUUAUGAACUUUCUAUCCAAAGGGAAAUAUAUGUUCCCUGAACAAGAAGACGAUGAGGCAGCUACAACCAUGCUUAUAUUUAUUAAAUCCACAAACUUUGGAACGAUGCUGCCCGAACUGAGGCAAGAGGUCACCAAAGAGUCAUUUGCAAAGCUCAAACUCAUCGAUUACUAUAUCAAUCGCAUCAUCGAUUGGUUGACCAAAACUAUAAUGAUGUACUAUGUUUGGGGUGCGAGAAAUACCCGACAAAACAACAAAAACAAUGAUGACCCAUUCAUCAAGAACAUCCUCGAACACCGCGUUGGGAGCAUCAUAUUUGAGGUACUGGCGAAAUGGGGAUUGGUGAUCCAAGGCAAACAACCGGCAUUGUGCAUUGAGCAGCAACCGAUUUCUGAGUACCCCAAUAGUGUUGAAUCAAACUUGUUUGGCUACGUGAAACGGGCGACUCUCCUCAUGGAGAGUGGACGCUACCAGUUUGACCACAACCUUGAUAGCAUCCAAGUUGGUCCUAAAUUUGGAACACCACAGUCUGUAUUACAGAAUACAAAGAUCAAAAACAUUAUGGGAUGUCUGCAAAAGGUUGUCGAUGAGCAGUAUACACCGAAAACGGUUCUGGUUAUUGGAAUGAUAACGCUAGCGAUUCCUCCAUUUCCCUUUCAUGCUGCCAAAGACAUGCUGUCAGAAGCCAUACACAAUAGCAAGCUAGAGGAAGAAGAACUUUGCGACUGGGCACGAUUGAGUAAGCUGCAAGAGACGCCCAAUGUUCAUGUUUUUACGAUCUCAUUUGAGGAAUGCCGAAACAAGCAUUACUAUGGAUUCCACCCUCAUCUCCAUAAAAGGUUGGACACCCAGGAUACCGGCACUACGCUUGUGGCAGCAGCAAGAGCUAUGUUAGAAGAGUAUGGACUUGAUGGAUUUGAUCAAAUUUGCAUCGAUUACUUCAACCCCCAAAAAAAAUAUGUUGUUGGACCGCAAUGCAGUGUUUCGAAACUGGCUGAGUUGCUCAAACCUGAUGGAGCAAUGUACAUCCCUUUUGAAGGAAGUUGUCUGGAGUUCCGGGAUGCACACGGUCCAUUCGAAGAGACCAGCCUGAAAAUAGAACCGUUUCAGCUUGACACAGAACACUUGCUCUGGAAUGCGGCACAAGCUGUCCCUCCAUGUUUCUUGGAAUGCCGUGACACCUCUCUUAUUAUUGAACCUCAUUUCAAGAUAUGUAGGGCCAAUAGCCGGUUAGAAGAUUGUUUCAAUUCCGAAAUAUUGAAAUGGGCUACAGACCACCAAAUGCAUGUGGAGACCAGGGCCAGGCACAAGCGACAAUGCUCGAACUCAUCACCCGACUUUGAGCUUCAAAUUGCGGACGAGGGAAAGAAAGCAAAAACUAAAAACCAUAUGACAGUCGGAGCUAAGAACACCUAUCCUAAAGAGCGGAAGACUGCAAAUUCGGACUGGACCAAAACAGAUGCAAAGCUUGUGGUCCAGACAGUUCCACACUUUUUCAAGGACACACUUCUCCUUGUUAUUGCGCAUGGAGGCUUCUGGAAGCCAAGGCCAGGGCUUAUACAAGGAGUGGUACAUGCUCUAGAACAAGCUGCAAAAGACGAUACAAAACUGAGCUGGAAGGGAAUUGCAAAGACAGCAGAGGAAGUGACUUUUUCUAACAAUCAUGGUCUCCCAAUUCAAAGCAGAAGCCAGUUAUGCGGCCGUUACUUCAUGUUCUUCUCGGCAGAUCAAAAGAAACAUGAUCCUGGAGCACAGCUUCCAGACGAUUGGAAAACGCUUGGUAAAAAUUUGAUUGACAAUGCGACAAUGUCUCUGAUUGAUGAGCUGGCGUUACAUGCAGCUCAAGUCAUUUAUGAGGAUUUGGCAAAGAUUCCAUGGCAAAACUUGAUCGCCGUAUUCCUUGUUCACCCGGGAAUCGUUGAGACCAACAAGGCAUACCACCAGCGCCUUCACUAUGAUAGGCCAAGACCUCAAGAAGGGAGGACGUUCUACAUUCAUGUCCCCCUCACUACUGAUGGCAUGAUGCUGAGAAUACUCCCAUCUGUAGCACAGAAGGGCUCUGGAAAACAGAGUGAGUUCGUCUUUGUUCCCUUCGGCUGUGCUCUCGCUAUUCCAGUGAAUCUCGCCCAUGCCGGCGUCUAUUCCAAGCCUGGAAGCGAUAUCAUCAACAGGCGAUUGCACAUAGUAGUCACAGAGAGAGCAACCCAAAGUUUGUUCACUCAGAGCGAACAGUUGGAUUGUGUAGGCCUCGACGACGAAUGUCUUCCAAAGAAGACCUUUGAAAACGCAAUGGAACCAACUUCCGAGCAGAAGGAGUUUGCUGAUAUGUAUCUGAUGCUUUAUAGACCAAUGCUGCAAAAGGCUUUGCAGCACCCCUGUCGUCUUCGGUAA